AUGGCACUAGUAGCCCAAUUUGUAUUUAUCCAAAUCUGGAUACUCACUUUGUGCACCAUAGUGAAUGCAGGAGGUUGCUGGAGGAAUACAACUUGUUCAGGGCCUGAAGAUACUGCGUUUCCCGGAGAGUGGGAGAAGAAUAUCUACGCACCAUCAACACGAACAGUGCGUCCUAAGAGCAUCCUCCAUGCCUCUGAUACCCGGAGCAAAUUUCAGACAGGGUCAGGACACAACGUGCUGAAGGGUAAUGGCUCUCAAAUCAUAUUCGACUUCGGCCUUGAAGUCGGCGGAAUCGUCACGGUGGACUAUACUACAUCGGCGGCUGGGAGUCUAAAUCUAGCUUUCACAGAAGCCAAGGACUGGGUUGGUCCAUUCUCUGAUUCAUCGAAUGGAGCCUUUAAGUUCGGAGAUGGUUACUUGUCUUACGAUAUCACCGCGCCUGGUAAAGGGACAUAUACAAUGCCAGACGCAAAGCUUCGUGGAGGGUUCCGAUACUUGACUAUAUUCCUCACAACAGAUGAUACAGCGACUCUCAAGAUUGACGAUAUAACUCUCGAAAUCGGGUUCCAGCCUACGUGGUCGAAUUUGCGGGCUUAUCAGGGUUACUUCCACAGCAAUGAUGAGCUUCUCAAUCGAAUUUGGUACAGCGGAGCCUACACAGUACAGACGAACGCUGUUCCAGUGAACACCGGCCGUCAGAUUCCGACGGUGAAAUACGGAUGGGACAACAACGCCACCCUAGGGCCUGGUGAUACCAUAAUUGUUGAUGGUGCAAAACGUGAUCGUGCCGUCUGGCCUGGUGACAUGGGCAUCGCUGUUCCUUCGACGUUUGUCAGCAUUGGCGAUCUCGAAAGUGUAAAAAAUGCACUUCAGGUCAUGUAUAACACUCAGAAUUCAGAUGGUUCAUUCGCUGAAUCCGGACCACCUUUGAGUCAACAAAGCUCGGAUACAUACCAUAUGUGGUCUAUGAUUGGAACCUAUAAUUAUGUCCUUUUCACCAAUGAUACAGCCUUUCUUGAGCAUAACUGGGAGGGAUACCAAAAGGCAAUGAAUUAUAUCUAUGACAAGGUCAAUUACCCAAGCGGCCUUUUGAAUGUCACCGGACUCAGAGAUUGGGCACGGUGGCAACAGGGUUACAACAAUUCUGAAGCACAGAUGAUAUUGUAUCAUACCCUUCAGACAGGUGCCAAACUUGCUCAAUGGGCCGACGACACAACUGGGCUCUCCAGCACCUGGACUUCGAGAGCAGAUAACCUGGGGACAGCAAUCAACACAUACUGCUUCGAUGACGCCUAUGGCGCUUUCAAAGACAACGCCACCGCUACAACCCUACAUCCACAAGAUGCCAAUAGCAUGUCAAUCCUAUUCGGAGUUGCCGAUGCAGACCGCGUAGCAAGUAUCUCGGAAAAAUUGACAAAGAAUUGGACACCAAUUGGCGCCGUCGCACCAGAACUACCUGAGAAUAUCUCCCCAUUCAUUUCCUCUUUCGAGAUCCAAGCCCAUUUUGUCGCUGGACGCGCGGACAGAGCAUUGGACCUGAUUCGACGGGAAUGGGGCUGGUAUAUCAACAACCCCAACGGCACGGAAAGCACCGUCAUUGAAGGGUAUCUGCAGAAUGCAACAUUUGGAUACCGUAGCAGUCGUGGGUAUUACUACGAUACUUCAUAUGUCUCCCAUGCGCAUGGCUGGUCUUCCGGUCCCACGUCGGCACUCACAAACUACGUCCUUGGACUGUCUGUCACCGGGCCGUUGGGAUCAACUUGGCAGCUGGCACCGCAGUUUGGAGAUCUUGAGUCUGUUCAGGGUGGUUUCAUGACGGCGUUGGGUAAGUAUCAGGCUGCGUGGAGCAGGGCUUCGGACGGAUCGUAUGAAGUAUCAUUUGAGGUGCCUCAGAGUUCUGAAGGUGUUUUAAUUCUUCCUGCUCCAGGCGGAAGUGGCAAAAGGUCGGCAACAUUGAAUGGCAAGACAUUGAAAUGGGGUGGUGAUAAGACGAAGACGAUCUCGAUCAGUAGGGGAGGCUCGUAUCAGAUAGAAGUCCGUUCUGAGUGAAGAUCAUAAAUCCGGCAUGCCAUAUGAAGUGAGAAAAGGACGAGGAAGCUGCGGAGGCCGCUUGUGCGUUUGCUAGCGGGUGGCAAAGGCGGAUAGCCUGAAGCAUCCUAACACCGGCCUCGAAGGCAGAUACAUACAAAAAUGAAGCUGUGGAAAGCUAAUAAACACGAUUUCAAUACAUAAUUUAAGUGUUGAAGAACCAGCAAUUGCCGCAUCGCCACAAACCCAUAGAAAAAUGAAAAUAAGUCUGUAGACUACUUCAUGACAAAAAGCUUCGUGCAGAGUUCUGAUACCUAACCAUUUUCCUCACGGCAGAUGAUAUAGUGACCCUUAAGAUUGACUCCCACCAUUCAAGUGGGCGUAUAUCCUUCCAG